AUGUCUUGCCGGGUGUUAGUUGUGUUGGAUCCUCAGUUCUCCCGUGCUUCUGUACAGGAUUCUUAUGGGUGCAUGGACUGGGUGACCCACGAUUAUCCCGCCUUGUUGGCUGCCGACCUCCUGCGCAAUCCUACACUUCAUGGAUUUGUCUUCCGUGGAAAAACUAGCCAAUUGAUUUCACAGCGACCAGGCUUUGUUCCAGUCCGGCUUCAAGAAAAGGUUCGGAUGUUUAACGCUGUUGAUGAUUCCGGACUGAUCCCUGGAACCAAUAAGUUACUAUUGUGGCUUAGAAUCCAACACAGAGGAAUGGAUGUGGAGUUCAUGAAGUUUGAAGAUUUUCAUGAUAUAUUAAUCUCAACAAACUCCGACUUCAGGCAAAGAUUUCGGCGAUAUCACUCCAUAUGGGGCGGCAUAGACCUCAUGGUAGAUCCAAGGCAGAUACUGGAGUCCAUCAUGCCAGUAUGGCCCCCAUCCAGGGAGGUGCUACGUGCCUCAAGAAAAUUCAAUGUAAUCAUGGACCUGGACCAAAUUGCUACUAGGAUGAUCAACUCCCCCAGACCCCUGACCACAAUCCUUUCCCAUACCAACGUGUCGCAAUCCUUUGAAGGCUUCAUUCUAAAGCGUGAAGGCAGUGACUGCACACGUCAUGUUUUGUUACCGGACAGGGUGGAUCCACUGAAUCUGCCCCCUGACCUUGGUCACUUCAGGUGGUUAAAACAGUCAUAUGUACCUACCCUUCAACAGCUUGGAGAGUGGCGGAUGAUCUUGGUAGACUGCAAGCCAUUGUAUGUUAUACACACAGCUCCUGGAAAUAGAGAGCAGGAGUGGGUCUUCUUGCAUCGGGAUGCCGGUCUGUCCCUGGCGGAAAUGAGCCUGCUUAUGAGGGAACCGUAUGUCUUUGAUGAUAUCAUGGAUCCAGUAGGGGGCACACUUGCUGAACGACACCUAGCUGAUCUAGAACUGGAGUCCUUUGUGACAGCCGCAUUAAGUCAACUUGUAUGCAUUGAGGAAGAGUUUCUGGGUACAUCCAGCUCCUUGAGGCUAAUGGCCAGAGUGGAUGUCAGUGUCAUGCAUGGUCCCAAUGGCAAAUUAGGGUAUUUCAUCAACGAGGUGGAACGUGGUGUAGGUAUCGGGCUAUUCAGCACCGGAAAUCCAAGAUGGACCUUACGGCUGGCCGAUGAAUUUGCAUGCAUGUUCUCCAGGUGGAUGACUGACACCUGCAUAACUAUGGGACGCCUAGUGGACCCAGAGAUGUAG